GCAUUCAAGACGUGAAACCCAAAAAAAUAUGCGUUUACUAUCAAUCUUGUUACUCAGCCUUUGUCUGUGCCUCAGCCUGAGCGCUGGCAUGGCACGGCGACUGCAGCGUGAGGCAAGUGCGGCACCAGAACCAGCUCCAGCUCCAGCACCGGAGCCAGAACCCGCGCCUGAGCCAGCGGCUGCUCCAUUGCCAGAGCCAGCUCCAGCGGGGAACGAGGACAAGGAGAUCUUUAUAUCGGAUGCGACGACAACAUCAAAGCCACUGGGAACAGCCUCGAUCAAGUCGCGGGCAAUUAGCAUGGAUCGUGGCCUCUGCCAGGAGCGAUCACGCUAUCAUCCACAUUUUCCCAAAUGCCAUCAAUUCUGCAAGCGACUGGAGCAUUGGAUUGGCCAGUGUUGGCGUGAGGAUUGUCACUGCAUCUCUUAAAUUGAGAAAUCACUUCCAAGAAGUCGCCCAUUACUUUGCACUUAACUCAAAUUUGAUAUGCCUAACAAUGAUGAACUUUGCUGUACUUAGAUGCGAGUGCUUAUUAAAGUUGCAACAAGUUUUCCCUGCCA